UUCACGCGCCUGUGGAAGCGCCUCAAAGUCCGGCUGGCAGCGCGAGCUCCAUCAGUGCGCCUUCACACGAGCGGUCAUGACAGAGGAGCAGGAGAGGUCCAGCGCAGAGCCGCCGCCCCCGUGCAGUCCGGCCGGCUCGUGCAGCUCCGUGUCUGCGGAAGAGUCGGACUCUGACGCGCCUCCGUCUCCCGCUGGAUCUACCAGCCACGCGUCGCUCAUCAUCCCGGGAAUGGGCAAGAAGCUGGAGGACGAGGACGAGCGCUUCCCGGCGUGUAUCAGGGACGCGGUGUCUCAGGUGCUGAAGGGCUACGACUGGUCUUUAGUGCCCAUGCCGGCGCGCGGCAGCGGCGCGCACAAGAGCAAGCCGCACGUCAAGAGACCCAUGAACGCGUUUAUGGUUUGGGCUCAAGCGGCGCGCAGGAAACUGGCGGACCAGUAUCCACACCUGCACAACGCCGAGCUCAGCAAGACCCUCGGCAAACUCUGGAGGCUGCUGACGGAGAACGAAAAGAGACCGUUUGUGGAGGAAGCCGAAAGACUGCGAGUUCAGCACAAGAAAGAUCACCCGGAUUACAAAUACCAGCCGAGGCGACGGAAGAGUGUGAAGCCCGGUCAGGGCGAGUCCGAGCUGACCCAUCACGUGUAUAAAGCUGAGGCUGGGAUGGGGCGACUGGCGGGUCCAGUCACUGAUCAUACAGGUCAGCCUCAUGGACCCCCGACACCCCCUACAACGCCCAAAACAGACCUCCCUCACGGAGCAAAGCAAGAUCCCAAGCAUGAAGGAAGACGCUUGCUCGACGGCACGCGACAGAACAUCGACUUCAGCAACGUGGACAUCUCCGAGCUCAGCACAGACGUCAUCAGCAACAUGGAAAGCUUCGACGUGCACGAGUUCGACCAGUACUUGCCUCCGAGUGGCCAGCCUCUGAGCUCCGAUGGCUCGUACGCUGCGUCCUACAGCCACCCGGCAAGCAGCGGGGCCUCCUGGAGCCGCAAGGGGCCCGUGGCGUCCUCAUCGCCUGGCACCAGCGACGGCAGCCAGCACAGAGCUCACAUUAAAACUGAGCAGCUGAGCCCGAGUCACUACAGCGAGCACUCGGCCGAGUACGGCGUCUACAGCGCUCACGCAUGCGCCGCCUCGUUCCCCAGCACUCAGUGCGACUAUACAGACUACUACAGCCCCUACCCCAGCUACCCCUCCGGCCUCUACCAGUACCCCUACUUCCACUCCUCCCGGAGGCCGUACGGGAGCAACCUCCUCAACAGCCUGUCCAUCCCGCCCUCCCACAGUCCCUCGGCCAGCUGGGAUCCGCCGGUGUACACCACGCUCUCCAGGCCGUGAGCUCUGAGCCGUCUCCGUUACUGUACUGAAGGACAGCGUGAGCUGAAGGGGUUUGUGCCGACUAAGCAACGAGUGCCUGCUGAUUUUUUGACACAUCAAAACAUUGACGGUUGGUGGAUUUGUGGCUGCAGUGGAGAGCCAGCAGACAUCCUCUGUGAGGACUGCCGCCGCUCCAGGAGCAGAGAAAGGGAACAAUGAAUAUUCAGGAAGCAUCAGCUUCAGUCAGAAUCCAUCUGUGGUUAAUCCUUCUUUUUUUAUACGUAAAACGUGUUGAUUUUUAAUUGGCUAUUCCGUAUAUAUUUAUGUUGUGUUGUCGUUUGUUUCUGUUUUACAGUGCUUACAAAAGCUGAAAGGGUGGAGGGCUGAAAUGAUUUUGAUAAACAGCCGUGUUGUUUUUAACAAACAUUGUUUCUGAAAGCAUUCCAACUAACUCGCUGAAAAAUAAUAGAUGACAUUAAUCGUUAGCGACUGUUUUUUUGUUGUUGUUCAACGUAUGCAUAGUUUUAGUGAGCACUUUAACAUGUGGAAGGCUCUUCAUUUGCAGCAAGCUCAUUAACAAUUGUGUUUUUAACACCACCAGUCAUUGACGUCACAUGCGUAUUGUUAUCGGCUGUCUUAAUCAAUUUCCAUAAUUAUAUAGCGAUCCGUUGAACAUUUUAAUGACCUUUUAGGCUGUGAAACACACAAAACAGUGUUUACUCUACAUCGUUUCAUUCUUAUGUGUAAUUUAAAAGUGAUUCGGCUGUGAAUCUUCACUUUUGUUAACAAGGUUCAUCAUUACAAAGCGCUAACAGUAAUUGCUGGCAAUAUUUGUGGAAAAAUAAAUUUUAUAUCUGAAAAAUGCAACUGUCUAAACUGGAUACUGUUCCACUUGUGAAUACGAAUUUCCAAAAAGCAGUUGCAUUUAACUUAUGGUGCUUUUUUUUACUUGAUAAAAACAUUUUCAGUACUCCAGGCAAAAUAGUACAUUUUUCCCAGUUUAGUGAAAUGAUGAGGUUUUAUGGACAUACACAGCAAAUACAUGCCAUCACUAAAACACACGUCAUGGUUUUACUUUGGGAAAUAAUAAGUCUCUGUUCUAAGCAGCUGCUGCAGCGACAUUGUCUUACGUCUGUAACUGAAGCAGCAGCAGCUGUCAGUGCCAUGAUUCUGUAAUUUUCCUACCAUAUCUUGUUGUGAUAACAUUUUAGUUACAGUUUUAUAAGACAUAAACAACGACUACCA